AUAUUCUGUGUUGGAACUCUCUUCCCAUCUUGACGAUGGCUGGCAAUAAAUUCGAUUGAGAUCUCUGUAGGUUCUGACCAGAAUCACAUUUUGCACAUUUCCGGCGCAAAUUUUCAGUUUUAUUCAGGAUUAGUUAUCUCUCUACAGAUAAAAUUUGUACAAGUAAAGCGUUUGUGUUUGCCAACAGGACUAAAAUGUGAGAUAAGAAAUUUCCUAAACUCUAUUAAUUUUAUGCGAGUUAUGUUGACGUGUUGAAUAUUUUCAUUGUGAAAUAUUUGUUUAAGUGCCAGAUAUGUUGGUGCCUCCAGAUAUGGUUGCUCCGCAAUCAAAGUUAAUUUAUCAAAUUAAUAAAUUCUGCACAGAACGUGUUCAAAAUCGAAUGGUACAGCUGAGUAAGACUAUUUUUGAAAUUUGCAAAAUUGUUCAAGAUAUCCUGAGAGAGGUUGAAAUUCAGGAGCCCAGAUUUAUAUCAAGCUUGGCUGAAUAUAAUGGAAGAUAUGAAGGCCUAGAUGUAAUCUCACCUUACGAGUUUGAAAUCGUUCUCUAUCUUAAUCAAAUGGGUGUCUUCAAUUUUGUGGACGAUGGCACACUUCCGGGCUGUGCUGUAUUAAAACUCAGCGACGGUCGCAAGCGAUCAAUGUCACUCUGGGUGGAAUUUAUCACAGCCUCUGGGUAUUUGUCCUCGAGGAAGAUUCGCUCUCGCUUCCAGACACUCGUGGCUCAGGCAUGUGAUAAAUCAUGCUACAGGGAUAUUGUAAAGCUUAUUGCUGAUGUGUCGGAAGUGAAGUUAAGGAUUCGAGAACGAUACACUGUACAGAUAACACCGGCCUUCAAAUGUUCAGGUAUUUGGCCGAGAUCAGCAUCCCACUGGCCACUACCUGGCAUACCCUGGCCACAUCCUAAUAUUGUUGCUGACGUUAAGAAUGAGGGAUUUGAUUUACUUUCGAAGGAAUGUGCUGCACUUCAGGGUAAGAAUAAUGCCAUGGAAGGGGAUGCAUGGAUAAUGAGUUUUCGCGAAGCGGAAAAUAGGCUCUUGUAUGGAGGAUGUCGCAAAAAGUGCUUGAGCAUUCUUAAAACACUAAGGGACAGGCACUUGGACCUACCUGGUGAACCUAUAACAUCGUAUCACAUGAAAACUUUACUUCUAUACGAGUGUGAAAAGCAUCCACAGGAAAUGGAAUGGGAUGAAACAUGUUUGGCGGACAGAAUCAAUGGGAUACUACUGCAGAUGAUCUCUUGUCUACAGUGUCGUCGGUGCCCACAUUACUUCUUACCUAGUCUCAAUCUCUUCAAGGGAAAAUCUCCAAAUAGCAUGGAAAAUGCCGCAAAGGAAAUUUGGAAAUUACUUAGAGAGAUGUUAACAAAUAGCUAUGCAUUUGAAAAGCUCUAAUCUGGCUAUUAAUGUUUUUCUUUAAUAUUAUGAUGAGUUAAAAAUCUAGUGAAGAAAAAAAUGUAAAAACAGUUUUCUAAUACUUACCAGUGAUAUUAAAUUGUUUGAAUUUGUUAUCAAAUUGAAAUAGAGUUACAUUUUCUGUAUCCCCUUUUCUGUAAAGGAAAUCGACACCAGCGGUUUGUUAUCCGCGGCAAAAUGAGAUCUCUCUGUUGAUGUUCGGAAAUAUUUCACACGAAAAGCAAUGCAUGGAAUUGAGUAGUUCAAAUGAAUCAACAUCGACACAACAGUCAAGAACUAUUUAAUAUGCUGGUGAGGUAAUCAAUAAACACAUGUCAAAGACAUGCCUGAAGAACGCGCUAAAUGUGAAGUCCAACUUCCAUCAUGAAGAGUGCCACUUUAGUCAGUAUGAAUUGCCAUUGCAGGGAACAAGGGAGAAAACAUUAAGACUGAAAUGGUAUGAAUCUUUUAUUCUCCCGCGAUGCUUAACUAAAGUCAAAAAGGCCGUACGACGCCGCACAGCAAGGAAAAUGAGCAGAAAGAAGAAACACGAGCUGGAUUGUCUCAUGCUAAAUUGAUUUAUAGGCUCUUAUUUGUAUCAUAAGAAAUUGAAUUAAUUUCGCAAAUUAUUUCACUCCGCCUUUUUUCCAUUAAUGACAAGCCACAGUAAUUAUGUUUAUAUGGGCGUCUUGAAAUGCAAAAUUUUGAGAGAAUGUCUUUAGCAAAAAAAAGUGAUCUCUAUUUCAAAAUGUACAUAUUUGACAGUUCAAUUUUAAUUAUAUACUUACUACUUUUUUUACGUGCGUAUUAGAUAUUUGAAUUAAUAUUCAAAUACGAUUUAAAUCAUUAUACCUAUUUAAAAUCUUUCUAAUUAAAAUAGAUAUAAAAGACUUUUUUGACAAAAACAAUUAUGAUUCUUUAUUUUAAAAAAAAUAAAUAAAGAAAAUCUAUUAAGUGUAUGGAAAAUAUAAUGUUCCCCAAUAGGCACUUUAGUUAACUUCGAUAAAACAUCAAAGUUGUAUAAAUUAUUUAAUAUUCCCCCAAAUAUAUCUAAAAUUAUUUUCUUUAAAGAAAAAAAUUAACAUUGUUGCCGAAGUUUCUCAAAGUUCUAUGUUUCAAAUUUUAGGAUCAUAACUUCAACAUGCUGCAUUAUUGAAAUUUUGCAUAUACACUCGUUUGUAGUGGGGAUAAUAAAGAUUAUUAUUACAAUAUGUCCAAUAUGUAUAUAUUUAUAUACAAAUACAACAAAUACUUAGAUAAA